GAGACUUCAUUCACUGCAUACUCGGUGAAAUAACAUAAAGAUGGGGAGCCUCUUAUUCCUACUAAACUUGGUCACUUUGCUCGCAACCUCCCUUGCUUUACCCUACUGCCCUCCUCCAGAAUACCCACCCAAACAACCUCCCCCUCAUCCUUUGCCACCCCACGUUAAUCCACAGAAACCGCCUGUCAAGCCACCCCAUCCGCCUCAUGUUUCUCCACCCAACCCACCAAUUGUGAAGCCUCUUCCCGAUGUACACCCACCACAUCAUGUGCCCAGCCCACCAAUUGUUAAUACUCCAUCUUUUAAAUACCCACCAGAAUAUUUAGUCCCACCAUCUUAUGUGCCCAUCCCACCGGUUAUUACUCCGCCACUUCCACCAGUGGUGCCCGAACCGCCGCCAAAGCCGCCCAUCAAGCGACCCCACCCACCACUGCAUGUUCAGCCGCCGAGGCCGCCCGUCAAUCCGCCCCAUCCGCCUCAUGUUUCUCCACCCAAACCACCAAUUGUGAGGCCUCUCAUUGUAUACCCACCACCUCAUGUGCCCAACCCACUAGUGGUGCCUAAAUCACCACCAACACCAACACCUUCACCAUGUUGGUGGUGUACUACACCAGUAUCAGUGGUGCCUAAACGACCGCCGUCGCCACCAAAGCUACUACCACCAACACUAUGUCCAUGGUGUUAUACUCCAAUACCAGUGGUGCCUAAACCGCCGCCGCCACCACCAACACCUACACCGUUACACGUGUUGUCCGGUGCUGCAAGGACUGGUGGACUUGGACGCAGCAGUCUGCCUUUGCACCACCAUUAAGGCUAAGCUUCCGAAUAUCAACAUAAUCAUCCCGAUUUUCCUUCAGGUCCUCGUUGAUUGUGGCAAGACUCUGCUGGAAGGAUUCAAAUGUGCCACCUAGAAACUACAUAUCCGUUUUACUCUUUCUCAGUUAAUUAUUGCAUGCACUUGUUUUAGUACUUUUUUUUUAAUGAAUAAAAAAAGGUUUAUAAUAAUAAUGUAAUGGUAAUAUUGUUGUUUGCAGGAAGUACGUCACUUUG